AUGAAUAAAUCACAACAAAUUCAACCACCAUUUCAAAAUAAAUAUAAUUUAAGAUCAGUAUCAUCACAAGAUUCAAAAUCAUGUUUAAUAUGUUAUAAACCAACAACUGAAGUUUUAAUAACUGAUAAUCAUUUAGAUUUUUUUUAUAUUUGUAAACUGCAUUUAUAUGAUGAAAGUUUUGCAAAACCAAUUGAAUCAAAGGAAUAUGAAGAAUUGAAAAACGAAAUAACUAAAUUAGAAAUACAAUUGAAAGAGGUGGGGAAAAAAGUUGAAGAGACUAAACCUUAUUUAUGGGGAAUUAAUUGGUCAAAAGAUAAAAAGAAGAAAGAAGAAGAUAAAGAUAAAGAUAAAGAGGAUGAUAAGAGUAAGAAUAAUAAUCAUGAAUCAUAUAAAUCGAAAUUAAAAGAAAUUGAAAACAAUCUAACUACAAAAAAUGAAGAAUUAAAAAAUUUUAAAUUUAAAUCUUACAAUCUAAGUUCAACAAUCUACAAAAAUAGAUUAAUGUUAAAUCAAAAAAAGAAAUAUAAUAAAGAAAGAAUUGAAAAAAUUCAAAAAGAUGGUUUUUUUCCAACAGUUCCAACUCAUGAAAUAAGUAAAUAA